GCGCGCGAUUGCGACGUGCUUGUCGCCACUCAUGCUCGCGGUCGAGGAUGCAAGUCUCUUGAUUCUUUACGACUUGCCCACAAAGGCGACGACGGGUGAGACGUUUGGUAGCUGCAUGGGUGCCUCUUUUGGUGUCUAGGUGGUUGUCAAGGGCUUUGAUAUAGCCGCGCUCAUGCAGCAUCAGGUCGUUGCGCGCCACAAAUAAGCGAUGAGGAUGUCUAACCCGAACGCCCACCAAGACCGCCUUGUCCGUCAUGAAGAAGCCGAAGCGCUCGCGAAGGCACUUCAUGAAGCUACAUUAGCGGCGAAGCCACGAGCAGCACGACAAAUGGCAUCAUGCGUAACCUCUCGGUGCACGGUGUCGAGCUCAUUCUGCCCUGUCGACAAUCCUGCCUAGCAGGCUGUCAUCAAGCUUCUCGGCGCCUUGGCGUCAUCCGAUUGGCUCAUAUUGGCCGCAGUUCAUUCUCAAGCUCACGGCGUCGCUCUCGGAUUCGCACCCGUACGUGAAGAUGGCGCGCCACGCUGCGCACAUUGACACUGCAUAUGUCGUGCGCAACCCGAUUUGCCUCGAUCGCUUCAGUUUGCUCGCAGGUUUGCACGUCUCGAACAAGACGAUGGAGACGAAGAAAAUUAUUGCCAGCAGUAUGUGCGCGAUGGUCCACGACGCCAAGGACCUCGCGCCGUAUCUUCUCGACACGAUCGCGCCCUGCCUCCAGACGCAGCUGCUCGACCCGAUUCCAAAGGUCCGCUCGGUCGCGUCCAAGGCGCUUGGAAUGUUCGUCAAGGGUCUCGGCCAGAGUCUCUUCCCGUAUCUCGUGCCGUCGCUGCUCGGUCGGUUUCGGCCCAGGCUGUCUACGAGGUACUCGUCAACCUUGGCCCGUGUGCAGGACCACGGUCUCCGCGACGAAAUCUUCCCGAUCGCGCACCACCCGAAGGCUCGAUCGAUGAGCUCAUUCCGCGCCUUGUCAAGCGUAUCUCGUUGGUGGACGAUCGCGUUCUGGAGCACGCGCUUGCCGGCCUCCAGGAAGUGUUUAUGGUCAUAUCGCGAAGUGCUUCCGUACCUUGUGCCGCACCUGCUCACGACGUUAAUGGCCUUGUCCAACGUCCAAGCGAUCGCGCACAUUGCGUCCAUCUUGGGCGCGGUGCUGCACUGCCACAUGGAUCGCAUUUUUCAAGUGCUCGUCAACAAGUACGUAUCGAUCUUCACGGGCCGCCCGAACGACAAAACGGCGACAGCGAUCCAGCACUCGCUGCGUGCGGCCGCGCUGAGUGUCGAGGCCAACGGCAUCCAGUGGCUCGCGGCCGAAGUUUGCAAGUACUGCAAGGCCGAUGUUGCCGAGACGCAGUAUCUUGUGUGCUGUACUCGAUCUGGAAAGGAUGUUUUAUUGGCUCAAUUCUUGAUCCUUUCUAGCCAAUCACAAGACUUCAUUCACCUGCCUUAAAUAGUGUGAGCACCAUUUAGCACAUCGACGAGUAGCAGC